UUGACCCGAGGACGCCGUCACCACCCAACAUCGUCGCAUCGUCGAGCAAACAAAGCUCGUAAAAGAACGGUGAUCUCGAAUCGUUUCCCUCUUCUUUCCUCUCUCUACCGCCCGUCACAGUCCAAGUUGGAAGAAAACGUAGACACCUUCGCCACCGACCUCACUCGUCAUCGCCUACUUUGCGGCCUCGAUCAACGCUACCAAUGUGGUUUUGAGAUUUUGGUCGAGGAAGUUGUGAAAGGGAAUAAACCAUCUCCCACUUUCAAACAAGAUAGCUUUGCACGU